AUGGAGUUUAAUGUUGAAAAAUGUAAGGUGUUGAGGGUUGUUAGAACACGUACAAUAUAUGAUAGGCAGUAUGCUUUAGGCUCCUCGCAUUUGUCGGUUGUUCAAAGCGAAAAAGAUUUAGGUGUGUGGAUUUCUGAUACUUUGAAUUGGAAUAUUGACACAGAUAAUAUAGUUGCUAAAGCCCAGAAAAUGUUAGGUCUAUUAUAUCGAACCUUAAAGGAUAUUGAUGAAAACAGUGUGAAGCGUCUGCUUUAUUUUGCUUGGGUGAAGCCAACUCUUGAAUAUGCUAGCCCAGUAUGGUCUCCUUAUAAGAAACGGAAUAUUAAUAAAAUUGAAAAGGUGGAACGUAGAGCUUUUCGUCUGAUCCUAGGUCAUGAAGUUGAUUAUAAAUCUAGACUAGAAAAACUUCAUCUUCUACCUUUGUAUAUGCGUAGAGAAAUCACAGAUCUUGUUUUUCUCUUUAAAAUUAUACAUGAGUUAGUUGAUAUACCAGGAGGUUUCCUUUCUUGGAAAAAUACGUGUCGCUCUUUGCGCAACAGUGACGACAUGACACUUACAGUGCCUUUUGCACGCACAGAUGUUUUUAAGCUCUCAUAUUUCGUUCGUGUUACACGCUUAUGGAACUUACUUCCUUACACAUUGCGUUCUAUUCAGCAUCUGUCGUACUUUAAGAAACAACUUACUCUAUAUUAUUUUAAACUUUUCCCUUCUGCUUUCAAUCCUUAA